AUCUGGGUAAUUUCAUUCACACACAACAUCAAGCUCAUACAAUAGAGCCUCGUCUACAUUUCUCUCCCCUGUGUGCUUGGAGAUUUGAAGAGCACACACUGGAAAGCAUGGCAGAUGCGGACAAGGGCCAUGCCAAGGUUAAGGGCCGUCCACACUGCCAUCCAGAUACCCACAAGCCACAUGUCCGCAAAGAGCAACCAUUACCAGAGUCUUCGCCGGCAGCCACCAAGCCGCAGCCCACCAGGAACCACCACCAACGUCAGCGUCGGAAUGGUCGACCAUCGUCCAGUCGAUAUGUGGGAGCGUCGUCUUCUACCCAGCCGCUGCCAAACAUUGUGGUUGCCGGAAAGUACCGCCUGCUGAGUCGCAUCGGUCAAGGUUCCUUCGGCGAAUUAUACCGUGCCGAGGGCCUCAAGUAUGGUGAGCUGGUGGCCGUCAAACUGGAGAGGGCCGCGGUCAAGCACCCGCUGCUGGCCCGCGAGGCCAAGAUCUAUGGUAUCCUUCAGGGCGGAGUGGGUAUACCCCACAUGAGGCACUAUGGCACCGAGGGGGAGUUUAACGUCAUGGUACUCGAUCUGCUGGGGCCAACGUUGGAGGAUAUGCUUAACUUGUGCUCCCGCACCUUCAGCAUGAAGACCAUCCUGAUGCUAGCCGAUCAGAUCCUAAUCCGUGUGGAGUAUUUGCAUCUAAAGUGUUUCGUCCAUCGGGAUAUUAAGCCAGAUAACUUUCUGCUGGGCCGAGGCCGCCACACCACUCAGGUCUUCAUGAUUGACUUUGGUCUGGCCAAGAAGUACUUCAGCCAGAGCACCCAGCUGCACAUUGACUACACCGAGAAUAAGGAGCUGGUGGGCACGGCCCGCUAUGCCAGCGUUCGGGCUCACUAUGCGGAGCAGAGUCGUCGGGAUGAUCUGGAGAGUGUGGGCUACCUGCUGCUCUACUUCCGACGCGGACGCCUUCCUUGGCAAGGCAUCCGGGCGGCGUCCGAGGUUCAGAAGUACGAGCGGAUCGCCGAGUGCAAGGCCUCUGUUCCGAUCGAUGUCCUCUGCUCUGGACUGCCCAUGGAGUUCUUUCUAUACCUAAAGUACUGCCGGAAUUUACCUUUCGAGCAGAAGCCCGACUAUAUCUUUCUGCGUCAGCUGUUCAAGACUGUCUUUCGGAAUCAGUACAAGAGAUUCGAUUUCCAAUACGAUUGGGACCUAAAGCGCAACAAGCAGGGUCACUACCCGAAGCAGGUUGAUACCCGGGGUCAGAGGGCCAGAGAGGGUCAUCGCAAUGGAGACACAGAUCGAGACCGAGACCGGAAAGUGGACAAGGGCAGAAGGGAUAUGACUGGGAAAAGGAACCACGAGCGGGAUCGCGAUAGGGAGCAAGAUCGGAAUCUGGUCACUGAACGCUAUGGGCACCGGACUAGGGAUCAGGGCCGCGCAGGCUACACCCACAGGGAGCGGGGCCGUGAAAGAGAUCGCAAUCGAGAUCGUCAGAGGGAGCGAUACCCUCAGGAUAGGACUCACGCCUGUUCCUGCAGUUCCUGUUCGUUUUACCGUCAUCAUCGCCCACGUGACCGCCAACAAGGCCAUGCGACGGAGCGCAGGAGGAGUGCCCGGGAUGAGCCACCGUCAUCCCAUCGGCACUUACCGCCUUGCCUUUAAUAUUAUGACGUUCGCACAUGUGCCGGUUUCCGUGUGUUUUGUUAAUUAACUGCUGGGCAACUAUAUUUAGCAUGACUUAACCGUU